AUGCGCUACUUCGACCCGCUCCGCAACGAGUACUUCUUCGACCGGAACCGGCCCAGCUUCGAUGGGAUCCUCUACUUCUACCAGUCCGGGGGCAAGCUCCGCCGGCCGGUGAAUGUCUCCAUCGACGUCUUCGCUGAUGAGAUCCGCUUCUACCAGCUUGGCGAAGAGGCCAUGGAGCGCUUCCGGGAGGACGAGGGCUUCAUCAAAGAGGAGGAGAAACCCCUGCCCCGCAACGAGUUCCAGCGCCAGGUCUGGCUCAUCUUUGAGUACCCUGAGAGCUCCAGCUCAGCCCGGGCAAUCGCCAUCGUUUCCGUGCUGGUCAUUCUCAUCUCCAUCAUCACCUUCUGCCUGGAGACCCUGCCAGAAUUCAGGGACGAGAGGGAAAUGCCAGUGCCCUUGCCCCCACAAAGUGGAGGUUUGAAUGGCACGACUGGGGAUGCCCCACCCAUGCAGCCACCCAGUAGCCUCUCUGACCCCUUCUUCAUCAUUGAGACCACCUGCGUGAUCUGGUUCACCUUUGAGCUCCUUGUCCGCUUCUUCGCCUGCCCCAGCAAGCCCGAGUUCUCCCGCAACAUCAUGAACAUCAUCGACAUCGUGGCCAUCAUCCCCUACUUCAUCACCCUGGGGACCGAGCUGGCCCAUGAGCAGCAGCAGCCCGGGGCCGGCAGUAGCAAUGGAGGUGGGGGCCAGCAGCAAGCCAUGUCCCUGGCCAUCCUCAGAGUCAUUCGCCUGGUCAGGGUCUUCAGGAUCUUCAAGCUCUCCAGACACUCCAAGGGGCUGCAGAUCUUGGGACAGACUUUGAAAGCCAGCAUGAGGGAGCUUGGCCUCCUCAUUUUCUUUCUCUUUAUUGGGGUGAUCCUCUUCUCCAGUGCUGUCUACUUUGCUGAGGCUGAUGACCCUGAGUCUCAUUUCUCCAGCAUCCCUGAUGCUUUCUGGUGGGCGGUGGUAACUAUGACCACUGUGGGCUAUGGGGACAUGCGACCUGUCACUGUGGGGGGCAAGAUUGUGGGUUCUUUGUGUGCCAUCGCGGGUGUGCUCACCAUCGCCUUGCCUGUCCCUGUCAUCGUAUCCAACUUCAACUACUUCUACCACCGAGAGACUGAUCAUGAAGAGCAAGCUGUCCUCAAAGAUGAACACAGUAGUGCUCAGGGCAGCACAGCGGGGGGAGAUGCAAAGAGAAGAUCCAGUAGAAACUCUCUGAACAAAUCUGUUGUGCACUUGGAAAACAGUGAGGGGUUCAACAGUGGUACCGGCUCCUUAGAGAAAAGCAAUAUCAAAGCUAAAAGUAACGUAGAUCUCAGAAAAUCGCUCUAUGCUCUCUGUCUGGACACCAAUAGGGAAACAGACCUGUAA